AUGGCGAUUCCCAGUCGCCUCGCUCGCCUCCCCGCCGCCGCCGGAAGCACCAAACGCUCGACCGGAGGUGUCUCCGUCGGCCUCGGUGGGAGUGCCGGGAGGCCCUCAACGGCCGAACUAGCCGCUGCCGCGACGGCCGCCGCGGCCGCCAGUCGCGCCUCCGAAUGUCAGUCCCUCCUCCUCCGCAUGUCGCGCCGCCGCGGCGCCUGCCGUCGCGAGAUCGUCUCCUCCCUCCUCGCCUCCUCUCCCACCCCGCAGCCGCAGGUCUUUGACCUCCUGAUCCGCACCUACACCCAGUCUUGCAAGCCCCGCGAGGCCUUCGAGGCCUUCCGCCUCAUCCUCGACCACGGCGUUCCCGUCCCCGCCGCCGCCUCCAACGCCCUGCUCGCCGCCCUCUCCCGCGCCGGAUGGCCCCAUCUCGCUGCGGACGCCUACCGCCUCGUCCUCUCCUCCAACUCCGAGGUAAACACAUACACGCUUAACAUAAUGGUCCACAACUACUGCAAAACCCUGGAGUUCGAUAAGGUUGGCGCGGUCAUCUCCGACAUGGAGAAGAGAUGCGUAUUUCCAGAUGUGGUUACACAUAAUGUGAUGGUUGAUGCUAGAUUUCGCGCGGGGGACGCGGAGGCAGCAAUGGCGUUGGUUGACUCAAUGGUUAACAAAGGGCUAAAACCUGGGAUUGUGACAUAUAUUUCGGUGUUGAAGGGGUUGUGUAGGAAUGGGAUGUGGGAUAAAGCCAGGGAAGUGUUCAGAGAAAUGGACGAAUUUGGGGUUGUGCUGGAUGUUCGGAGUUUUAACAUUCUGAUUGGGGGAUUUUGUAGAGCUGGGGAGAUUGAGGCGGCGAUGAAGUUUUAUAAGGAGAUGCGGCGGCGUGGGAUUACACCAGAUGUGGUGAGCUUUAGUUGUUUAAUUGGAUUGUUUGCAAGGAGGGGGAAGAUGGACUAUGCGGCGGCAUACUUGAGGGAGAUGAGGUGCUUUGGAUUGGUACCUGAUGGGGUGAUUUACACCAUGGUAAUAGGUGGAUUUUGUAGGGCUGGGUCAAUGACGGAUGCACUAAGAGUUAGGGAUGAAAUGGUUGGCUGUGGAUGUUUGCCAGAUGUGGUAACUUACAAUACUUUGUUGAAUGGGCUUUGUAAAGAGCGCAGAUUGUUAGAUGCAGAGGAGCUGUUGAAUGAGAUGAGGGAGAGGGAGGUUGAACCAGAUUUAUGCACGUUCACAACUUUGAUUCAUGGGUAUUGCAAAGAGGGUAAAGUAGAAAAGGCGCUGCAACUCUUUGACACAAUGUUGCACCAGCGUUUGAGGCCAGACAUAGUGACAUAUAAUACUUUGAUUGACGGAAUGUGCAGACAAGGUGAUCUUGGCAAAGCUAAUGAUCUCUGGGAUGAUAUGCAUUCUCAUGAAAUCUUCCCCAAUCAUGUUACGUACAGUAUCCUGAUAGACAGCCACUGUGAGAAGGGACAAGUCGAAGAUGCGUUUGGUUUUUUGGAUGAAAUGAUAAGUAAGGGCAUUUUGCCAAACAUCAUGACAUAUAAUUCCAUCAUUAAGGGCUAUUGCCGGUCAGGAAAUACUUCAAAGGGACAGAAGUUUUUGCAAAGGAUGAUGCAUGAGAAGGUGUCACCUGACUUAAUUACUUACAAUACCCUAAUCCAUGGGUAUAUUAAAGAAGAUAAGAUACAUGAUGCUUUUAAGUUGCUUAACGUGAUGGAGAAGGAAAAGGUUCAACCAGAUGUUGUCACAUAUAAUAUGCUCAUAAAUGGGUUUUCUGUACAGGGUAAUGUGCAACAAGCUGGUUGGGUUUUUGAGAAAAUGCGUGAGAGAGGAAUUAAACCAGAUAGAUAUACUUACAUGUCUAUGAUGAAUGGUCAUGUCACAGCUGGCAACUCGAAAGAGGCAUUUCAGCUUCAUGAUGAGAUGCUUCAAAGAGGGUUUGUUCCUGAUGACAACUUCUGAGGCUGCUCAUCAUCUUCUUUAUUGGAUUCUGUAGAACCAUUGGACAAAUUCGGAAAAAGAAGUGCAGGCAUGGUGCAAUUGUGAAUAUUCAGGAUUCUGUUGAAACAUAUACCUUUGGAUUUGAAGGCUGCUGGUUAAUUUUGUGGAUGUUUCUCCCAUCAGGUAGUCCAAGAAAAGAAAGAGUGUUCCACAUAAGUGUCCUUUUGGGAGUGCUUUCUUCCGUGAAGACCCAGGAAUAUGCUGUUAGGGAUGGUGCUUUUGUUUUCAGGGCACUGGAGAAGUCAAGUACACCUUUAAAUUUUCAGUUGAUUGCUCCUGUUCAGGGUCGAGAAGUUUGGGAGAUCACUGAAAAAUCCUACUUGAGUAGUAGUACACGAAGCAUCAUUAUGCAUGACAGUAUGAGCACAGGAUCAUUGGAGUCAAACGAAACAAGAGCAUGACAGAUGCAAUAAUACAAAUAGAUGGGUACUGCUUGCUAAGGAGUCAUAACUGAAUCAACAGAACGUGAUUGCUACGAUCAGAAGGAAACGGUGAGUGUGUUCAUGAAAAGGAUUGUUGGGAUCAUUGGUGCACCCAGAUGCACCUGGGUGUGCUGAAGUUAAGAACACCGAGCUUCCCUGCCGUGGCUGCGCUCUCGCUCCCAGCAGUCUGGACGCAUUGCUGAUGUUGAUUGUGGCGCUGAAGAUCAGCAAGAAAACGAGAGCCAGAGGCAGGACUUGUUGUCUUCUGAUUCUGAUCAUCGUGAUUGACCUGGCGAUAUCUUCUGAACUUGCUGUGUGGAAUUGCCGAAUUGGGUCGAAGUUUAUAUACUGCGGGGCAACACGUUCAUGCUGUAUAAAAUUUAUCAUGCUGUGUGCCUCUGCGUGACUGCGUGUUGGUUCCUUGUGUGCCAAGCUUCGAUGUGCCUAAUCGUCUAAUCGACGGCUCGACGCGGACGCGCCGUGUGCCCUUGCCCCUUUGUAGCGCGGUCAACUGCGAAGACAAGUCGUCACGUGGUGUAAUGCAAAGUAAAACCCCUUCACCUUUGCAUAGGAGUUUCGUGGGUUGAAUUCA